AUGGCUGACCCUGCUCUUCACCCGGAAACCCAGCCCCUCAAGCAAAUCGCCAUAGAUUAUACCCCAGAAGCCUGCUCCCAUUGCCCCGAAUCCAAUACCAUUACCCUCACCUUCGACCACCGCGGCGGUGCUAGGUGGCGCACCACCACGAGGUACCUCUACGGCACCUUCAGCGCCCUCAUUCAGUGCCCCAAAGGUAACACCAGCGGUCUUAACUUCAACAUUUACCUCUCCUCCCUUGAGGGUGACAAGUCACAGGACGAGAUCGACUUCGAGUUCUUGGGGAAGGACAGGACAAUUGUGCAAACUAACUAUUACACUACCGGCACUGGCAACAGGGAGGGCAUUCACCAAUUGGGUUUUGACUGCUCUGAUGGGUUCCACGAGUAUGUGAUCAAGUGGGGUCACAAAGAGAUCGAGUGGCUCAUUGAUGGGAAGUCGGUGAGGAGGGAGGAGAAGAGGGACGGUGAGGGUUUUCCUGAGAAGCCCAUGUUUUUGUAUGCUUCCGUUUGGGAUGCGAGCUAUAUUGAUGAGGGGAGGUGGACAGGGAAGUACGUGGGGUGUGAUGCACCCUAUGUUUGCGUCUAUAAGGAUAUUCGGGUGCCGGCUGAGACUGCACGAGAGUGCUCUUCUGAUUCCUGA